AUGUCAACCUUUGAUGGCAUUGUCGAGGUCGACUACUUCCGGAAGUGCCCCGAGCGGCCCGCACCACUGGCCUGCUUUCUCAGUCAUGUCCACAGCGAUCACCUGCAGGGCCUGGAGUCAUUCCGGGCCCCGUUUAUCUACUGCUCGCCGGCAACGAGAGAGCGCCCAAUCCCUUUGAAUACCCCAACGGAAAUUGAACUUACGCCGCGAUGUCAUAUCAGGGUGACUUUGCUUGAUGCCAACCAUUGCAGCGGGGCUGUGAUGUUCCUCAUAGAAGGGGAUGGCAAGGCGGUCAUCUACACAGGUGACAUCCGAGCUGAAAAAUGGUGGGUUGAUAGCUUGAUCCGUCAUCCAGUUUUGAUUCCAUACACACUGGGUCAGAAACGACUGGACAAGUUGUACCUGGAUACCACAUUUGCAAGCAAGACCAAUCCAUUCCGACAGUUUCCGUCGAAGGCCGAAGGGCUGGCUGAGCUACUACAGAAAGUUCAAGCUUACCCGGAGGAUACGAAGUUCUAUUUCCGGGCGUGGACAUUCGGUUAUGAGGAGGUGUGGGUGGCACUCUCAUCUGCAUUGAAUUCCAAGAUACACGUGGACCGCUAUCAGAUGGGUCUCUAUCAAUCCUUGGUUCAAUCGAAAUCACCAGGGGUCAGUGAAGCACCGGCUCUCUGUGGGUUUGACCUUGGGAACAGGGCCAUGAGUGGAUGUCUCAGCAACGACGAAUCCAGUCGAAUCCACAGUUGUGAACCUGGAGCUUCGUGCUCUGCAGCUGGCGGCAAAAAUGCGAUCUAUAUCACCCCGAUCGUCAACCGCACUUCUAAUGGAAUCGAAGUGCCCGAAGUCGGCCUCGGUGGUGGCAGUGGUGAUCUGUCUCAGAUCCAUGAACUCGAGCUGCCGGACGAGUCUGCACUCUCUGAGUUAGAAAAGCUCUGUCGCCAACAUGUGCACGACCCAGAGGCGCUGUCUCAAAUGCGAAAUGCGCUCUUUCGAGCAUUCCAGUCCAAAAAGAAAGCACUCUCACUUGAUAGUUAUGGCCUCAACCAAGAGAGUGAGAUAUCUUUGAAGAAUCUGGUGACUGCACUUAGCCAUGGCCCGUCCGUGGUGUCGGAUAAAGCCUCGGGGUCUGGUCUUCCAAACACAAUUCGCUUCCCAUAUUCACGUCACUCAUCCUAUUCGGAGCUAUGUGGGCUUGUGGCUGCCUUCAGACCCAAAGACCUCUACCCAUGUACCGUCGACUCGGCGAAAUGGAAUGACGAUGUCUCAAUGGAACGGCUAUUUGGCCACCUCUGUUCAGACAGGAGAUUCUCCCAUGAUACCCAUAUGCGACAGAUCAAGGAAGCCGAGAUUCGCGACUCUCGCACCAAGAGGGCACGUUACGAUACAGACAUACCCAAUGAGUCCUCGCAGGAAACUAGCAGUGGACUGGAUUAUAUCGAGUCUAACCCAGCUGCACCAAGCCACCAGCCCGAAGAGCAACAUCUACCUAGCCAAUUUGGUCAAUCAGAACAGGCAGCUAAAGACAAGCGCAAUGAGAUCCGCCGCGCACAUCGUUAUUUGCACGAGCACGCCGAGCCGGGGCUUUUCCAAAUCGAGCCUCUCCCUACAGCCUGGCCGACAGAAGCCGAAGACAAUGCCAACGUGCAAGUGAUCAAUGAAAGCGACGAAGACGACCAAGCUACCCCUGUGCCCGAGAAAGCCUCUACACCUUUAGCUACACCUUCUCCCUCAGAAUCCAACAUGAGGACUCCGACUAAGCUCAUGCACUCGGUGGAUGGCGCCAUGUCCCCAUACCCGUUCAAUCAAGAAGAUAGCCAGCAGACAGAUACGCUUACGGUUUCAAUCUCGGAAUCAGCAUUUGACUCUCCGGAUCAAAUGGAUUCAUCUCUCAAUCGAGAGACUGUGGCUCGAGCACGUCGUGCGCGCCUGGAUGCGUAUCUAGCGGCACGUCAGGAUACCUUCUCUGCUUGGACGGACGUCUCGCUAGUCUCGGCGGAGAACCACGCCGAAGAGGAAAUCGAACUCUAG